CUUCGACCUGCCAGUAAGGCUGCAUUUGAUUUCUUCUCUCUCUCUCUCGUUGGUCGAAGUUCGUACAAGUUUUCUCAAGCAACACUAACCGAAUACCACUAACAACACUAGCGAUGUACAAGCGACGACGGAUGACUUUGAUGGCCUCUACAUAACCUGAGGUUGAAUGAAUCAACUCCUAGAAGUAUCCAGAAAUAAAUGCACAACUAUUUUCUACUGCUCUGUCAUCUUUCCUUGAGAUAUGAAGAUCUCCCUGGUUAUACUCUUCUCCGUUCUCUGUACAGGACAUCGAUACGCUAAUGCCGUAGAAGAUCGCUGCUUGACUUCGACGGAUACUACCGGAACCUGCCGACCAACCAACGACUGCGAUCAGCUAUCGAGAGUUCUCAAUAAGCUUCCGCUUCCCGAAUUCCUUCGUUUGUACGGAGGCUGUGGCAAGGGCCAAAAUGGGAAUGUUAGGGUAUGCUGCCCCGCCGACGCCGUCAGAGUAGGAUUAUCCUGUGACCCUCCGGCGGAGUUCCUGGAGGGAUUGGGCUGCGUCAGGCCCGUUGCGGAUGAGUUGACCUGGCCCGAGGCGAGGGAGAACUGCAGGAAUCUCGACGGCUACAUCAUCACAGGACUUCAGACAGAGAUGCACCUUCGUCAGCUUAGGACCCAUUUCAUGAGAGUGUUCUAUCUCUCGGACAGGCCACAUGUUUGGGUAGGGGUGCAGGGAGGCGAGUACAUCGGCGGUAAGGGGGCGAAGCCCCUGGGUACUUUUGGUUCCCUGGCCACCCGAAAGAGGGCGCUUCCGAAUGCGCCUACGUCGACCUGCAGGACGAAACGCCCUCGUUAGGGGAGGCUUCGUGCUCGGGAAGGAAGCUCCCUCGUUUUGUUUCUUGCCUGUGUAUUAAGUGAUAUAUAGAUAUAUAUA